UCUGUCCACAGAACAAGAUCCUGAAUAACUGCAGUGAAUCUGCCCAAGACAGGUUGGGAACAGGGAAACUGAGUAGUAGGAGGAAGCGGAUUUGUUUUCAGUAGCAAGAGGAGAUGAGUGUGAACAUGAACUGCGUGGCAAGGUUGUCUGGGUGACAGGAGCUUCAAGUGGAAUUGGAGAAGAGUUGGCUUACCAGCUAUCAAAGAUAGGAGCCUUGCUUGCCAUCUCAGCAAGAAGAGAGGAUGAGCUGGAAAGAGUGAAGAAGAAAUGCCUUCAGUCUAGCCAUGGGAGUGUGGGAGACCUGAGAGGAGAUCUUGCCAGUGAAGACUAAGGCAAAGAAGGCAAUGAGUACCUCAUUUUUCUGUGCCCUUCGUCACUUCCUCGCCAUCCUCUUCAGCAAGAUUAGCAACUUGGGUGAAAAAGAUAUCCUUGUCCUGCGUCUUGACUUGACUGAUAGAAGCUCUCAUGAAGCUGCAACCAACAGUGUUCUUAAGCAUUUUGGCAAGAUUGAUGUUUUGGUCAACAAUGGUGGACGUUCCCAACGUUCUCUGUUUGUGGAUACAAACCUGGAUGUCUACAGUGCCAUAAUGGAACUCAACUACCUAGGUACAAUCUCUUUAACAAAACAUGUCCUGAAUCACAUGAUCCAAAGGAAAAAAGGAAAGAUUGUUACUGUGAGCAGUGUGAUGGGUAUCAUGGGAGCUCCUCUUGCCUCUGGGUACUGUGCCAGCAAGCAUGCUCUGCAGGGAUUUUUUAAUUCUCUUCGAACUGAGCUGACUGACUACCCUGAGAUAAGUAUUAUCAACAUAUGCCCAGGGCCUGUACAGUCUAAGAUUAUACAGAAUGUCUUCACGGAGAAUCUUGCAAAGUCCAUAGAGAACAGCGGUGAUCAGUCCCACAAGAUGCCGACGGACCGCUGCGUCCGGCUCACCCUGGUCAGCAUGGCCAAUGACCUGAAGGAGGCUUGGAUCAGCGACCAUCCCUACCUGGCUGUUUGCUACCUCUGGCAGUAUGCGCCCACCUGGGCUUGGUGGCUGAUGAACAGGAUGGGCAAGAGGAGGAUACAGAACUUUAAGAGCGGGGUGGAUGCUGAUGCCUCUUACUCAAGAAAGAAGAAGUAAGGACAAACAUGUACAAAAUCCUGCUUGUGCUAAGGCUGAGAAACAUUUUUCAUAUUAUGUGACUGCAAACAAAAGCUGUUUUUUAUCUCUUGUGCCUUUGUCAUCAUGUAACUUGACAAAUCUAUCAAGCUGUAUACAUACUUGCCUAAAUAAAAGUCUCUCUAAACA